AUGGGCGCAGAUGUCCCCCGGCGCAUCAGUGGGAGAAGCAGCAGUGACCUGAGGCUGGAGAGAGCGCAGAAAGUCGUGGACACCGGGCCGGUGAGAGCCAACUGGAUGUGGCUUGGCGUGAGCUCAGCAGGAGUCCUGGAGAAGUCUGGCUGUGCUAACUUGACGUUCAGCCCCAAACAGAAGGACUUGUGCCGCAGGAAGUCGUUCCUGUUGCCGAGCAUCCAGGACGGGGCUCGCCUGGCCCUGUCCGAGUGCCAGAGCCAGUUCAAGCACGAGAGGUGGAACUGCUCCAUUAACGACCAGCCGUCUCUGUUUGGGCACGAGUUAACCAGCGGAACCAAAGAGACCGCGUUCAUCUAUGCGGUGAUGGCGGCCGGCCUGGUGCACGCCGUGACGCGCUCCUGCAGUCAGGGCAACAUGACCGAGUGCGGCUGCGACUCCCGACUCAAAGGCACCUCUUCAGCGGCGCAGGGGUGGCACUGGGGGGGCUGCUCGGACCACAUCCAGUACGGCACCUGGUUCAGCCGCAAGUUCAUGGACACCUCUUCCAAGAACAUGUCGCUGCUGCCCAAAGGAUACACACUGCUGACCAUGAACCAACACAACAGCGAGGCGGGACGGCAGGCCAUUGAAAGAACGAUGUCCACGGACUGCCGCUGUCAUGGAGUGUCUGGAUCCUGUGCUGUGAAAACCUGCUGGAGAACUAUGGCCCCUUUCAGCCGUGUGGGGAUGUACUUGAAAGAACGCUAUGAACGCAGUGUCCACGUUUUGGAUCGAUUUAAGAAAAAGUGGAAGAGGAAGGAGCGGGAUGUGACCGUGGACAAACACAAACUCAUUUACAUGAACAAGUCUCCUAAUUACUGCCUGGAGGACCAGCACUUGGGCGUGGCGGGCACUAGGGGGCGCCGUUGCAACCGCAGCUCCCACGGGCCUGAUGGAUGUAACCUGUUGUGCUGCGGCAGAGGAUACAACACUCACGUAGUGCGUAACGUGGAGCGCUGCGAGUGCAAGUUUGUGUGGUGCUGCUACGUCCGCUGCAGGCGCUGUGAGAGCAUGAACGACAUGCACAUCUGUAAAUGA